UUUAAAGGAAAAGAGAAAAUAAAUCAAAUAAAAACCACAAUGGCUUGAAGGAGGAGAAAAUCUGUGGAUAUAUUUCCUGUGGGAGUCGAGGAGUUUCAAGAGGGGUUUUCCAUUCCUGUUUUCCAUCAUGGUGGACCUGUUCCUAAACCACGUUCUAAUAGAGAACAACUCCGAUCAGGAUGAACUCAACACAGAGCGUGAGAUCAUCGGCAUCCUAGAAAACCGCAUCCUGUUGCUGUUCUUUGCAUCUGCUGAGUGUGAGACGUGCCAGAAGUUUGUGCCUGCUUUGAAUGACUUUAUCAAGAAACUGAAAGAUCCUGCAUACAUCGAAUACCCCAAACUGCUUGCACUCAUCUACAUCAGUUUGGACCAAUCAGGGGAGCAGCAGGAAAGAUUUCUCAAAGAGCUGCACAAAAAAAUUUUUUUCCUGCCCUUUGAGGACUUGUACAGAAAGGAAUUGCAGUCCAUGUUUAAAGUGAAAGAUGUACCAACAGUAGUGGUGCUUCGCCCGGAUGGAUCUGUCCUCUCUCCAAAUGCUGUGAAGGACAUCUCUUCUCUUGGCACUCAUUGUUUCCGCAACUGGCAAGAAUCAGCUGAGAUCGUUGAAAGGACCUUUAUGCUGAAUGAAGAGUUUGAUGACCUUAAUCUACGUAGUGCCACCGACCCCGUGAGAAGACUCAAGUACAAGACAGAGGACGACAAGAGGAAAAAGAAAUGGUGGAAGUUAUGGGAGAAGGGCAAAGACAGAAAUGAUAAUGAGGAGAAAGAUGACACCUGGGAUAUGAAGGGAAAGGACACACAUAAAGGAACAUGGAGGAAAAGAUGAAAGAAAGUGGAAUAGAGUACUGCUCACCUGCUCCUGCAUCUGACGUAUAUUUUAAGAAUAUAAAUGAUUAAUUUUGUGAUUGUAAAAAUGAUAGCAGUUGCCAUAAUUUAUUUGUCUUGAAUAUGACCAGCUGUUUGUCCGAGAACAAAUUAAAUGUCAUUGUUUUCACUGAUAGAUGCAAAUAUGUAUAAUCCUGUUUUUAUGAAAGUUGGGUGUUGCAUAAAA